AUGGCCACCAGCAACGAUAAGCGCAACCCACAAGCCGACGUUCCGGCGAUGGCACGGGCACGAGCGCGAGCAUCAGCACGAACACCGAAAGCGCUUGCUAUGAAGAAGCCUUUGACCACCGUCACCGCCGCAUCCAGAGGCAAAAAUGUGCACGAGGACAUGAAGCCUCAGCUCCGACUUAUCGCUGCCUCCGGCCGAACGCCCUUUGAGAAGCGCGUCUGGACUGCUCUCUGCAGCAUUCCUAGAGGGCAUGUCACGACCUACGGCCUGCUGUCCACCUACUUGGGCUCCUCGCCGCGCGCCGUCGGUAACGCGCUGCGACGCAACCCCUUUGCCCCGGAAGUGCCCUGUCAUCGUGUUGUCGCCACGGGUAUGACGCUGGGGGGCUUCAAAGGCCAGCGACCGCGAAACGGGGAGGGCAUCACGAUAGAUGAGAAGAGAGACCUGCUGAGACGGGAGGGCGUACGAUUUGACGACAAGGGCAGGGUCUUGGGCACGCCCUGGGUGGCAUGGGACAGAUUGGACUGA